AUGGCUGAGAAAAGUGCACAAAUUCGAGCAACACUUAAUGCGAAAUUAAUUGAAAGUGGUGAAAGAGAACAAAUGAAACAAUUGUUAAGACAACGUUUAAUAGAAUAUGGAUGGAGAGAUCAAAUGAAAGCUUAUUGUAAAGAAAGUGUUAAACAAAAAGGUUUAGAAAAUUUAACUGUCGAUGAACUUGUACAAGAAAUAACACCAAAAGGACGUGCACUUGUACCAGAUGCAAUUAAAAAAGAAAUGUUGGCUCAUCUUCGUCAAUAUUUAGCUAAACAUGAAGAUCUUUAA